UUCUUACAGCCGGGAGGCUGGAACGAGUCGAAAGGGCUCGAAGAACGGCGCAACAGCUGCGGUAUUGGCGCCCGCGGGUGGAGAUGAAGAUCCUAGUACGAGCAGCGCGAAGAACAGCCCCAAGCUCGGGAGCAGUGCGAGUCCGGAUAAUAUUAAAGAUUGUUCAGCAUCAUGUUCGACGUCGCACCUCCAGAUGGGUCUUACGAAAGCGGCGGAAAAAAUCGCGGACCACGUUGCCGGACGAGGUGCAGGAGCACAACUCGAUAUAAUUACAAGCACCACACACGACGACUCUAUGACCAGGAGUCGCGAAAUAUCCGUUAUUCAGCGGAAACAAGAAGAAAUUCU